AUGCCAAAACCCCCAUUCCUCCAACCCCACUCCUCCUAUCUCCUUCACCUCUUAUUCCUGCUCUUAUUAAUCCCAAAAUCCCUUCUGUCCCAGCCGCAGACAAGUAAAAUCUCUUAUAAAACUAGUGACUGAAGACAGUGCUUGGAAGCAAGCAGUCAGUGGUGAAGACCUAAUUUUGAGCAUUCUUACGGCAGAUGAUGUAUCGAUGGUGAAUGAGAUCAGAGAGGGUUUGAGUGAACGGAGAGAGAGGUUAGGAUGGAAGAUUACCUCCUCUGCCCUACUGAUUUUGAUAGUUGAGGUACCCAAAUCAAAUGGACUAAUGGAGAAGUAGCAGAGUACGUAUUUCAAGUAGGAAAAAUACCUCUCGAUAGUCUUUGUUGGUAUAAACUGAUAAAAACAGAAAGUAUGCAUAGAGAAUUCAUAGUCUCAACUCCUGAGCAAUCCAAAGUUCUGGAGCAUCAAAUUUUUCAUCUCAAAAAUGGUACACUUCACAAAAUUAACACACCAAGUGUUCUAUUGGAACACCAAGAUCAGCUGUUAUUUCUCUAUAUCCCUACAACUACAAACCACAACGACAUGGAAUUUCGAGCGAUAGUGAAAGAUCUCAACAGAUCUUCAUUCAGAAUUAAAUACAUCAUCAUGUCAUCUCUAUGACUUGUGGCUUUCUUCUGUAUGAUCACAAUUAUCUGCAAACAUUAUAUUCAAAAGAAAAAUAAUUUCAAUGCCAAAGAAUCAAAUAAUCAAACUCGAGGAAUGAAGCCAUGAGUCCUUCAAAUAGACACUGAAGCCGGUCAGAGUUCAACUUUCCUUAAAGAAACAGGAGAUCUAGCCACCACGAUUAGUCCUCCGAAGGGACUGAAAAGAAAAGACAAUGGAUGGUGUGGAGAGCCUAUAUUUUAUAGUCCAGAAUAGAGAUAUUUCAAUACUUUUACUGCACUUAUGUA